CUUUUUUUGGCCAUAGCUUGGCUUCUAACAAUAAUGCCCUGAGAGUUUAUUUAAAACUUAAAAAGUAACUGGCCGUCGUGUUUGUCAGAGUGGUCAGUCGUGGUCUUAAAGCCCUGGCCGGUAGCUAACAUGCUAAUUUGUUAUGGAAAUAAUUUUAAAGAUGUUAGCCGGGAUUUGAGACGGGACAGAGAUGUUUGGGAGGGAACGUGAGACUUAACUCAAGGACUUUUAAAAUGACAUAAACGAAGGACCCGCCUGGAUUUGUCUGUUUGUUGUUUGUUUUUUCUUAUUGUGUUUUUUUUUUUUUUUGGCUUAUUUUUUUUGUCACCAUUUUCUUGCAUGAAACGUUUAAUUUAUCGCACUACUGUCUGCUGGAUUUGUCUUGUCACUCCUCUUGUUCACCUCUAAUUUAUCACUGAGAUUUGAGAUAGCAAUAGACGUUUCAAAGGUCUUAAAAAACAGGAACUUGUCCUAUCUCUGUGGCAUUCGUUUCACUUCAGACCGCAAAACAAUUUGUCCAGAUUAACUUUUUCGAGCCUUCUUGUGCAAACAAGACGUGUUUUGUCUUACUGUUUUAUUAAUAUUUUUUUAUUUCAGUUAAGUGAUUUAUUUGUUUGUUUGUUUAAUUAUUUAAAAAGAAGAUUUACUGUUAAUGUUAAUCAGCUGCUCUGCUGCCUUGAAUUGUUUUACAAAAGGCAGCUUUAAAGUGAACAUUUGUUUUAUACUUAAGCAAAUUUUGUGAGGAAUGUUUCGGUUUAAUUUUGUUUUGACUUGUUGCAUUGAAUUUUUCUGUUCAUUUUAAAAAGAGGCAGGAAAUUGUUGAAGCUAACAGCUGUUCCUUUCAAACUGCAAUGGGAGAUUUCUCAUCUUCACUGGAUAAUUACACUUAAGAAGUGACUUUUUUUAACUGGAAGUUUUGUUUUUCUCCUUUUCAAAUGAAGACCUAAUCUUAAACAGACACACUGGAACAAAAUGUAUUUUUUUUAACCUGAAGAAUGAUUUUGAAGUUUUCAGAGUUUUUGAUUUUUGCCUGGAAAUCUUGAAGAUCUGCCAAAUUCCUCUCUCUUGGAUUUCAGAGACUAUUACUGUUAGACUGAUAAACUUUGUCCACUCGAACAGCGGGGAUGCGAUCCCCGGACCUCUCCUCGCCAUCUCCGGAGGAAGCCCUCCUUCACGGCCAGUUUGCCAGCUGGGGAUCGGGCAGCAGCAACAACAAGAACAGCCGCCCAAACAGCCCCGGUGGUUCUGGAGGGCUCUCCCCCGUUGCCUCCUCCCCUCCAGCUCCAGCGUCCAACUAUGCCUUGACCCUUACCCACUCCCACAUCCACAUUCAGCGACUGUUGCCACGGGCGGGAAAUGAAGCUCGUCUCCUGCUGCCUUUAUCUGAACUGGUGGGGUGCAGUUGUCCUCGUUCCCCAGCGCCGCCUCUUCUAGUGCUGUACUGGUACCCUCCAGGAAAACGACGGAAGGGGGUGUCGAGACGCAGGCAGGUCCGGGCCUACCUGGCAGAGAGCAGGCUCGAAGCGGAGAGGUGGUCAGUUGCUGUGCAGUGUUUACUCCGAGACAUGGUCGUCACUGCGAACACAGAAUUUUCAAGAAGUCUGCUACCUCGACCCAGGCGACUACUGUUAUUGGUCAACCCAUUCAGUGGAAGGGGCCAGGCGAUGCAGUGGUGUCAGACUCACAUCCUGCCAAUGAUCAGAGAGGCAAACAUCAGCUACAACCUCAUACAGACAGAACGCCAGAACCACGCAAGGGAACUUAUCAGAGACAUCUCACUCACAGAGUGGGACGGCAUCGUCAUUGUUUCUGGAGAUGGCCUGCUGCAUGAAGUAAUUAAUGGGCUGAUGGAGCGUCCCGACUGGGAACAAGCAAUAAAAACACCUGUUGGCAUUUUGCCCUGCGGCUCUGGGAAUGCACUGGCUGGCUCCAUCAACCAUUACGCAGGGUAUGACAUGUGCCUUCGAGAGCCCCUCCUUUUAAACUGCUGCUUUUUGCUCUGUCGAGGCGAUGUCCGACCCAUGGACCUGGUCUCUGUGACAACAAGUCCUGCUCCCUCCAACAACAACCAUGCUGCAGUGCCCAGGAGACUGUUUUCCUUCCUUUCUGUUGCUUGGGGAUUUGUGUCUGACGUGGACAUUGAAAGUGAAAGGUAUCGUGGCCUGGGAUCAGCUCGCUUCACCCUGGGCACCUUAGUGCGAAUAGCUUCACUUCGCUCCUACAGGGGCCGCCUGUCAUACCUGCCUCCCUCUGUUGUCAACAUGUCCAACGGCACACCCCCUCCACCAAAGAGACCCCUCUCCCGCAGUAUAACGGAAGGCCUAGAGGGCUUCUGCAAAAUGCCAAUCCAUCGCACCUGCUCUGACAUGGGCAUCAGCGAGCAGAGGAGCCUGAGAAAGGGUGACGGGGAGAGAGAAAAGGAGGAGCGGCAGAGAGAGAGGGAGAGGAGGAGGGAGAGGGCCAGGGGAAGAGGAACCGGUGUGGUGAGGGCCAGCAGUCUGGCAGAGGACAGGGAGAGAGAGAUGGAACUGGAAGCAGAGGAGGAGAAGUCUGGGACAAGUUCGGAGAGGUCUGGAACGAGUUCUGAGUCGACUGAAAGGGAUGGAUUCAGUAUGGGAAGAGAAAGAUUGGCAGGGAUCAAGGAUGAAAGGGAAGAUGAGGAAACCACAGAACAAGACUCCUGUGAGAUGGAGGAGGAUGAGAGGGGGAAAGAUGGAGAAGGCAGCGGGGGUUCUGUCGAGGGCGACAGACUGUUGCAUGCGAGGGAACUGGGAGACCGUGACAGAGUCGAUAUGGGGCAAGAGGCGGAUGAAGAACCUGGAGAUUGCAUCACAUGUCAGGACAGGCUUCAUGAAACCAGAGAGGUAGUAAGGAAAAACUCAGCCCCUUCGAGUCAAAUAGCCGACACUCUGCUCAGCCAGCCUCUCAGUCAGAAGGCCGACACAGACUCUGGCUCCUCUUACGGGGUGGAGGACAUGGAUCUGAAUGAAACCUACUUCCAAAAAGAUGCUUACCCUCUGGACGUGGCUCGAGAAAGAGCCCUCACAAUCUCCUCUCCCUUUCGUCAUUCUCCCUUCAGUUACAAGAAGAAGGCCCUGGACCAAAACCAAAAUGCCUCCCGUCCAAGGCCCCUCUCACUCCUCCAGCACUCCAACUCAAACUCUCUCCCUCCUAAACUCCCUUCGCUCUCUUUGUCUCCCACACCACCCUCUUCCCCUUCCUGUGCAUCCCCUCGCUCGUCCUCCUACCUCGUCCCCCGUCCGAACACCCCAAAUUCCACCUCACCCUCCCCCUGUCUGCGCACGCCGUCCUCAUCUUUCAACUUUGACCUCACCGAACCAGCAGGACUGCUUAAGAACCGUCCAUUCGUCUCGCUGCCUUUUGAUGUACCAAGGGACGACUUGCUACCGCCCCUCGACCAACCCAUUCCCACCAGAGACUGGGUCACCGUUGAAGGAGACUUCGUCCUGGUUUUGGCCCUUUAUCAGACCCACCUCGGCGCCGACCUCCAUGCCGCACCACAGGCCAUGUUUGACGAUGGCCUGAUCCACCUGACCUUUGUGCGGGCAGGCAUCUCCAGAGCUACCCUGCUGAGACUGUUCUUUGCCAUGGAAAGAGGAACUCACCACUCUGUCAGCUCACCGUACGUCAGCCAUGUCACCUGCAAGGCCUUCAGGCUACAACCUCUGUCUACGAAGGGAACGCUCACUGUGGAUGGAGAACUGGUUCCCUACGGGCCUCUUCAAGCACAGGUUCAUCCUUCCUUAGCCCGUCUUAUUGUUGGAGACUCUGGAGUGAAGCUGACCAGACUUUAAUCUGGGAUUGGGUUAGGUUGACUGACAUAUCAAAGCUCAGUUGAAUUACUCUGUCUCUAUUGCCAACAGUACUCUUAAAAGUGGUUGGGGGAGUGUCUGUGACACCUAAUUUUGCCUGGGUUGCACAAAACUGCUUUUUCUAGAGGAUAAUGAAAGGGAUAUCACACAGAGCCACGCACCAUUGGAAACCGACUGCAGGGAUUAAUAGUAAAUCUGAAAAUGAAUGAAAAAUGCGCUUUGUUGCACAGAUGGAGCAUGCUCUGUGUUCCUUGAAAAGCAUGAAAAAAAAACAAGAAAAACACACAGCCUUGGAUGAUCAGAGGGAAGGAUAAUUGAAUGUCUGGUGGGGUUUUUUUGUGCAGAUUAUGCAUGUGUUGGAUUAACGCAUGCAGAGAAGCACUGAUCUUUGCCUUACAUUGAGACAAUGAGAUCAAAUUCCAAGAGAGCUAGCUGUUGGUGAAAAUUAUCCUCGUCCCUUAUCUGAAGCCUCGCCUCCUCCAUUGCUUAACUGUUUAAGUAAAACAAAUCUUGAGUCUUUCAAAGGAAUGCCUUAUCUGACACUUGUCAAGUAUAGCUGUACCCUUUGCCCAUUCUUUCUUACAUACAGUAAGGAACCUAAACCUUUCUUGAUCUCUAUCCAACGAUAAGAUUACAUCAGACAGAGAAAAGCAGAGCCACUCUUGUAAUUUAACACAUUAAUAUGUUUGAACACUUGUUCACUGUUCGCCAGUGGAGGAAAUACUGUAUGUUGUUAUAAGUACACUUUAUUUGAUGCAAGUUAAUCAGUGUAGAUGAUCAAAAACAGGUGUUUUUCAGGACUGAAUGUUAAUUUUUACUGACAUAUUUGCAUUCUGCCUUCUUGUUUUAGUCAGUGGAUGCACGCUGCUGAUGAUGUCAGUCAUACUGUUUUUUUUUGCAACAUACUGAACUUAAAAUGCCUAAAAAAAUUAAAUGCAAGCUUCUUUGUCACAGCUUUUAGCCACUUUGUUGUGGUGGAUAAAAAGAAAAAAAAUCUGAUUCACUGCCUUAGCUGUCAGCUUUAUGUCCAAAAAAUGAAUAAGUCACAGUUAUGUAGAGGGAUCUACACAAAAACUGACCUUUAACACAGAAAAUCACAGUAGAACGCAAACUAACCUCAGACUGGUUUUAUGUCAGGAAGUGGAUGCACUAAUGUUAGUUCUAUAUACAGAAUAAAAUGAAUCACGUUCCUUUUAUUUAUUGUUGUGUUUUGAACAUUUAUGGUUGAAAUGCAGGACUGACAAUUUACAAACACACACACACACACACACACACACACACACACACACACACACACACACACACACACACACACACAAAAAAAAACGAGACACUAAAACAAAGUAGUGCUGUUCUGUCUCGUCUGACUUGAUGAAGAAUUUUACAAGACAGAGUAAAAACAGACUGCGCUGUGAGAGAAACCAGCUGCACAGCCAGUCUGUUAAACUGGUUGUUUAUUUUAUUUUAUUAAAACAUGCUUAGAAUAAUACUGCUUCCAAAAAAUACAAAUAAAAAUCAAAACAGCAGAAUUUGGAAGUGGCAUAAACCCUGCUGAAAUACUUUGAUUAAGUUGUUAGCAUGUGCAAUAAAUUAAUAAAUUUGUGUGCCAACCGCGUGGAUCAUCAUCAGCAGACUGUAUAUUUAAAAUCAAUGGCUUUGUGUAAAAAGCCUGUAAAUUAUGGCUGUUAAUCAUGAACUGUUUAAACCUGACUGCAGAAAAUGGAGUAAAACUACCUUUUCUUUUCUGCUUUUGCCUUUUCUUUUUCCCCUCAAAGGGCACAAUGCUAGUUUAUCACAAUUACACAGCUGCGGAAUGUAAGUACAUUUUGACUCGGAGCUUGUAAUAUUACUAAAUAGAAAACUUUAUAAAUAUAUUUGGGAUGGAUUUUUUUUUUCUUUAAAUGCUUCCUCUUGAAGUCGAAGAGCCUCAUGACAAUUUUACUUUCCUAGACCAGCCUCGUCAGUGGUCUGAGCUGGGAUCAUGGUGUUGGAGACCAAUUUGCUACGAACAGUGACAAGUUAGAACUUCUGCAAUGAAACAUAUCUGUAGUUAACUGCCCUGUAAUGAAAUGAUAAUUAUUACUAAAUCAAUGAAAAUGUAUGCACACAGGGUGUACCAGUAAUAGUUACAUCUGGUUUCAAAUAAAUGUAUCUUCAUAAGUUUGUU